AUGAGUCCUCAGGCGGCGCCUAUGCCGAGUAUUCAGGGUGAGGCCAUGGAGCUCUUCACCCGUGUACCGCCGUUGCCGAUCAACUCUAGUCGCGGCGGAGGGAGUCGCGGGAGCCCCGGCGGUAGUCACGCAGGUCCAGCGGCUACGGUUGCCUUCUCGACAAGGGUCUCAGGCAGGAGGCCUUCAACAUCCGGUACCGACCGGGGCAUCAGCGGCGGGCUGAUGAUCUCGCAGUCCGGGGGAGGGGUAGCCGGCCCCCCCCCCGACAUUACAAAUGACAACGCGAACGUGGUGGAAAGGCCACGGAUAGUAAGGCCCGGGUCUCGGGGAGAAGACGGCGAUGAUCGUCGCAAUGGUGGCGCACAGGAACAGGGGUGCGCUUCUGCGGAAAAUCAAGACACCAACGAAACAAAGUCCAAGCUGCUCGGGGGGUAUCUUAGAGACCACCUUCUCGCCAACAUCACCUGCAACGAACCGGCCAAGGAGCUUGUCAAGCGCUCAUUCAGGCACCUCCACCGCGGUCAAGGUCACGUGCUCACCUUCGAUGAAUUCAAAGAGGGGCUUUCCAACACCUUCGGAGCGCUCAUCCCGCUGCAGCUAAUCCAGGCGACGUUCGACAUCUUCGACACGGAGCCGCGGACGUGGCAGCUAGACUUCGACGAGUUCUGCCACUGGCUCGACACCGGGGAGCGGGUCCUCAACAGCCACGGGGUCAUGAAAAAGCCGGUCAAGACGAACUCCGCUCCUCCUGCAGAGGGAGCGCCGCCGAAAGCGCGCAAGCCACGUUCGAACGACACUUCAGGCGAGUUUAACUCCAGCAUCAAAGACUGCAACGGCGUGAGCAUGAGCAUGGAACAGGCCGACCGCGCGCAGCUCAAGGCACAUCUUAUGAAACACAGGAAAAAGAUUCACAAGCCUGGAGGGCUCACGGAGGCGCAGAAGUCCAUCGUUGACCACAUUCUCAUGGACAAGAUCAAGGCCAGAAAAAAGGUGACCGGCAUGCUCCCGCACCUCCACGAGGAGUCCGAGAUCAGGGAUGCGUUCUCCCGCAUGGACCAUAACGGAGACGGGGUAGUGGACCUGACGGACUUCUUGAUGUGGGAGGAGCGCAUGCAGGAGGGGAGGGGGAACACGGACUUUUUCGCCCUACAAGAGGAGGACCACUUGGAGCAGAUAAAGCUUGCCAGAAGCAAAGCGUCCAAUCUCCUAGUGCCCGACGACUACGACGGCUCCACCUACCACGCGAAGCUCUCCAGAGAAAUUGCCCAGAAAAAGCGUGCCGCAAAGGACGCCGAAAGGCUGACGUCCGGUCGGCAUGCUGACAACGCCAAGGUUGGGGACUCGAGGGAUGAACUAGCUCAAGUUCUCCGGGACAAAAUCCUCUCACAGGUGAAAGGGGGCUCGCUGGAGAUGUUACGAGCUUUCCGGCAUUUCCGUCCCGCCGCGGCUGGUAGGCGGCUCUUUAUGGACUACACGGAAUUCCGCGAAAGCAUCAAGCAAAAGGGUCUCGGCCUGGGUGAGGAGGACAUCAAAACUCUCUUCGGAUAUUUCGACGUGGACGGGUCAGGCGAGAUCGACUUCUCGGAAUUCCGCCGCUUCCUGCAAGGCGGCAUCCAGAAAACCGGUCUCGACAUGGGCGUGAACCGCCACGAAGAAAAGACUGUGGCAGCUAGGAGCAGAGUGGCCGCGCUCGAGAAAGCUACCGCGUUGAACCCCUCUCUGGCUGGGGAUGCGAGGUCGGACCAGCUACUUAAGGCGAAGGUACUCCUGCGAAUCACAGGAGGCCAGACCGAAGUGCUACGGGCCCUGAGGGGUUUCGGAACCGAUGGGGGGAAGUCGAGCUCGGAGAUGGACUACCCCGCUUUUUCCAACGCGAUAAACAAGUCCGGUUUCAACCUGUCCGAGCCAGAGACCAAGCAGAUCUUCAACGAGUUUCGCUUAGCGGGCCCGAGCGGGGAAGAGAAAAACGGCGUUCCAACGGGCACAAUGAGCGCGCAAGCCUUCCGCGAGUGGCUUCUCGAGAGCCACACCUCCACCGGUCUCGACGUUGGCGAGCUGAGGGCUACGGUAGUCAGCUCGUUCGAAUCGGACCGCCGCCACCUCCUACGCGCCUUCAGGAAUGUCACCAGGAAAAAAGGUUCGACCAUCACUGCAGCCGACUUCCGAGACGCACUGUCAUCGUUUGGCCUGUUCGACGACAAGCCAGGAAUAGACCGGCUUUUCAAGCUGUACGAUUGGCGCAACAACGGCAGCGUUAGCUUCCAGGAACUGAUGGAGAUCAUCACGGGCAGCGACUCCCCUCCCCGCCGUCUCACCACGUCCCAGCGCAUCCGCCGGCUAGAGGACGAGCGGAGGCUCCCUGAAGAAGCCAUCAAGAAAGUCGAGAACACCAUCAGGAAUGGACUCUGGGACAAACACCUCGACAACGCGAAGGCGUGCUUUCGCGCGCUUACCGGUGGACAAGGAGGAAAGAUGGGGCUCGAGGGCCUAAGGGUAGCGGUCCGCAUUGCCCGCGUUCGGGGAGAAGCGGCGUCAAGCCAGGUUCUUGGGUGGAGCCUUCAAGAGUUCAUACAGUUCUACCGGCCCGCCGACUGCCGGGCGGCCAUGGCACUCGCUCGAGUGCGCGAUGGGGGGGGGCAGACCGAGGAAGACCUCAAGCGUGCUGCUUUGAUUGCCGAGGGGAACAGGGCCCGAACCAAGCUGGUCCAGCAGGUCCGCCGCUUAUCCAAGGCCCUGAAAGCUGCGGACAAGGGGACGCCUGUCAGAAGCGGUAGAGUGUCCCGCAAAACGUUCGCAAAGGCUCUCGCGAAAGAGGGUGGGCUUGGCAGGGUGGGAGAGGCAGAGCUCACCAGGCUUCUGGUCCGGCACGGUUGCUCUGAGCAAGGUGGUACAUACGUAAACUACCCGGUCUUCGUGGCCAGUUUCACCGCUGCCGUAAUGAGUGCGGACCCUUCAUCCGCUGUAGCGGCGGUAGCCGCCGCCAAUGCGGCCGCUGCCGCCGCCGCCGCUGCAUCCGUGGCAAAGAAGAGCUCUGAAACGUUCUCUGGAAUGGUUGCCGGAGCGACGCCCACCAAGCACGAAAAAGAGAACCACGAACAUAUCAGGUCAAGAUCUAAUCCUCAACUGGCGCUGCUGCCCCCGCGGCCCCGCACCGCUGCCGCUGGGGCUGCUGGGGGCACCGGCGAACGUAAAUCCGAGGUGAACACGAGCCCUGGCAAGAAGCGUGAAUCUGCUCCGCUGGGGGACCAUGGUCGCCAACCCCAAAAGGCCAAGGCAGAUACAUCCUCUCCCAGCAGGGACGGUAUCGCCAACGCCGUAGUCGGCAGGGCGCAGACCGCGGACGGGCCACGGCGCAGGAAGGUGGAAACGGACAGUUCAGACACAAAGGUCCCUGAGCCAUCCCGGCAGGGCUACUUCAAGCGGUUUACGGCGAGUGGUGGGGAUAUCGACAGCACCUCCCCAAUGAAGGUGUCAAAGAGUGCCCCCGCGCUGCCUGACCUCGUCGGACAACGGCCUGAGGUGCCCAAGACCACGCCCAUCCACCGCGUCAUGAAGAAGGACGUGGCGAAGAGCGCGACAAACCUCCGAAAAGCUUUCAAGCAGUGCGAAAACCCUUACCGCCGUGGCGUCGUGAGCGUGGAGCAAUUCCAGGCGGUGUGCCUCAAGAACGGAGUGACAGUGGACAAGGAGGAUAUCGACUUCCUCUUGCGACUGCACCGGCACAAGAACGGGGGCAGCAAGUAUGCCAUCCCGCCGAAAUGGACGCGGGCCCCGUCCCCCGGUGCUUCGCGAGACACGGCUAAGGAAGGGGUACGUUACGACGAGUUUCUCCGCACGUGCCUCUCGGCCACAUCUACCGAGGUGCCCAUUGUGACGACCAUAAGCUAA